AUGGAUCCACAAUAUUUAUUGAAGGAUGAAGUGGAGUUUGAGCUUGCUUGUCGUUGUUAUGUGCAGCCAGGUGGUUUUGCCUCUGCAUUGAGACUAAUUUUAAAAAAGAUGAUGUUUGUUGAACAGUCACAAGAAGUGUCUUAUGAAAUAAAAUUACCUUCUGGUUAUAUAAAGAACCCUAAUAAAGACCUAGACGUUUGCUCGGAUAAGCUAGAUACUAUUUUGCGUUACAUUUCUGAAUUAAAUGAAAAACCUGAUAAACAAUUAUAA